AUGGUACCCAAAAAUAAAACCAUUGCUAUUUAUAAUAUUGAGGAUAACGUUGCAGAUUUUAAAGAAGUUUCGAUAAAUGAGGGUAGUAGUAGAAAAAAAUCAACUUAUAGAGUUGCGCCGGCUGAUUGUGAGGUUGAGGAGCGCUGCGAGCUCAUCAAGUCUACUUACGAAGUAAUAUCGAAGUACACGAGAGCUAUGUUCGACAAGCAAAACGAAACCGUCGUAUAA